AUGCCACCCAAUACCUCGCAACGGGAUCGUCCUUCAACCUGGCAAGGCGGCCUGAUCAUUCUGGCAUGCGUCUUGCUCACCCAAUUCGGCGAUCACUUCACCGGCACGCCUCUUCCCCAGCGACUCACAAGCCUAUACAUGUUCGCCGCCUGCUUCUACUGCAUCCGCGCCGGACAGGAUCCCGCACUGACGCCUUUGGACCGUUUCGAGGUGUUCGUCAUCAUUGCCACGGGAAUCGCUGCUCAGCUUGUAUGCCUGCAUACGGGUAGCGUCUGGAUGGUACAUCUCCACCACUUCGUGGCCACAGUCGUCCUGUACAUUGGCGCAGCAAGGCCAUUCGAGCGAGGAUAG